AUGAAUCAUCAAGGAAGAGUAUUUUUUUUAGAUGUUCCGGGUGGUACAGGAAAAACAUUCUUAAUUAAUUUGUUAUUGGCUCAAAUUAGAUCUUCAGGUAAAGUUGCUUCAUCUGGUAUAACAGUGACUCUUAGUGGUGGCAGAACUGCUCACUCGAUCUCAAGUAACCGUUCAAUAUCACAUAUUGAAGCAGUUGAUCGAACAUUAAAAGAUCUCAAGUGUAAUAAUAAGCUUAUGGGUGGCGUAACAUUCGUUUUCGCUGGUAAUUUCCGUCAAACCUUACUAGUGAUCCCUAAAGGUACUAACAAUGUUGAAAAACUUUAUUUACGAACAAACAUGAGAGUUUAUUUAUGCAGAAGGGACGAUAUUUUUCCAGCACAGUUGUUGAAAAUUGGAAAUGGAACUUUAGAAAAUGACAAUUGUUCCAUUUCUCUCAAUCACACGAUUGGACGGGUGGUAAAUAAUGUGGGAGAGUUGAUUUCUGCAGUUUAUCCUUACAUUUUUAAUCUGUCCAAUAUAUCUUAUCAAUGGUUAUGUGAAAGAGCUAUUAUCUCUCCGAGAAAUAUAAUAGCAGAAAAAAUCAAUGAUAUCAUCCUUUUAAAAUUCGAUGGACACUCAGGUGAAUAUCUAACUUAA